GGCUGUCACGCUCAUAUCCAAACAUAACCUGUUAACCUUUUGUGUGAUGUAGUGAGAGAUUUUUGUCAUUCCAUUUUUUAAAUAAGAGAAUUAUUGUUAUAGUUGAUUUGACCUUGUUUGAAAAGAUAAUUAUCUUACUUCUACUCAUCUACAGUGAUUGGAAUAAUUUCAUCGAGACAUAAUGGCAUCAAAAAUAUUUUUCGAUCGUUGUUGUAAUCCAUUUGAUUUAGAAUCACAUUUAAAAAAAAAAAGUUUACGUCCAGCGACUGACAUCAUGAAAGUCACGUUGGGAUUAAGUGAUAAUUAUUUAUUAUGCAGUUCGUGUCGAAACAAAGCUUUAAAAUUGGUAAAGGAACAAACAAAUACUAGUAAUGAUACUACCGUUGAUGCAAGUGAUCAUGAAGAUGAUUCUAGUGAUAACAAUGAGAACAGUGAUGGUGCUGACAGUGAUAGUAACACAACUGCCACAGAUCUCCCGUUGUCCUCAUCAUUCCGUUCCUUGUCGUUUAAUAGUGAACCCAAAGAUUCACAAUCAAGCUCGGCAUCCCAAGUUAGUGCUGCAACUCAAUUACCCAGUAUAAACGAUGCAUUGCGACUAUUAAAUCAAUCGCCAAUUCCUUCAAAAAAUUGAAUGAUUAUCAAUUUUUGAGUAAUAAAAUAAAUCAGACGUCUGACAGCUUGAAAAAAAUUUUGCUCUCAACUGCUGACGAAGGAUCAAUUGAUGACGAUGGUGAAAAUUUUCGUUCAUUAAUUGAAAAGCUGCACGAUAAAUUCAAUGAUAAAGAAACAGAAAAGUCUUUAAAGAUACAAAU